AUGAAAAUCUCAGAUUUUCUAUCGUUUAUUUGUAACGAUAAUAAUUCUCUAUCAAAGAUCUGGAUUAAUCAAGAUUUCUCAUUAUGUUUUCAUAAAUAUCUCUUCGAAUUCUUUCUUCAUAUAAUUACUCUUAUUCUUGUGUCAUAUAAUAUUGGACAACGUUCAAAAUGUUCAUAUCGUCUAUGGACAUUUCCACUUGCUUUAAUUCGUUUGGCAUCAACUAUAAUUCUAUUUAUAACAUUUUCAUAUUAUUUUUACAUUUAUUUUUUUCUUGAUACAAUAAAUAUUCAAUGGAUUGAUAUUAUAAAUACUUGUAUUAUUCUAUUGACUUAUAUAUUUAUUUGUUAUUUAAACUUAAACAGUAAUCUUUAUCAUAAAAAACGUCCAUGGAUUUAUAUUAUUUGGAUGAGUAUAUUUUUUCUCGUACAAAAUUAUGAUAUUUAUAGAAUUAUUAUUAAACAUUUAACAUUUAUUGAUAGUAUUUAUGUUAGUAUAAGACAAUUAUGUUUAGCGUUUAUAUUUCUUGGUCUUUUAUGUAUAAGUCGUCAUAAAUGUUAUCGACCAGUACAUAGAGAUCGUCUUGGUUCAUCCGAUGAAAAUCAACGUUUAUUAACUGAUACAAGAAUUAUUCAACCAGUAUGUUGUUUUCUUCCAUUAUCAUCAGAACAAUCAUCGGAUAUUAUUAAUGAAGAUUCAGCUACUAUAACGCAAUUAUUUACUUUUUCUUGGUUUAAUCCAAUAAUGAAACGUGGUUAUAAUUCAUUAAUUAAUGAUUUAAAUGAUCUUUGUUCAUUACCAUCUGUAAUAUUUACAUUAGGCUCAAUAAUUCAACAUCAUCGUGAACUUUCUCGUUCACUUUUAACAAAUUUUGGUCAAUCAUUUUUUUUUCUUGGUAUUCUAAAAAUUCUUGGUGAUUGUUUAGCAUUUGGUGGACCUAUAUUUCUUAAUAAAUUAAUUCUUUAUAUGGAAGAAUCAAGUACAACUGAUCAAAAAGAUCGUAAUUUACGUUAUGGACUUUUUCUUUCAAGUAUUCUUAUUGGAACUGUUGCAUUAGCAUCAUUUCUCAAUACACAAUUUACUUAUCGUAUAAAUCGUUUAGGACUUCGUUGUAAAAUGUAUUUAUAUACACGUAUUUAUUUAAAAGCUACAGAAUUAAAUACAUGUGAAAUGAAUAGAUUUAAUAUGGGUGAAAUUGUUAAUUUUAUGUCAACAGAUUCUGAUCGUAUUGUGAAUUUUUUUCAAUCAUUCCAUGCAUUUUGGUCAUUACCAGUACAAAUCAUUAUUGUUCUUUAUUUAUUAUAUAAACAAAUUGGUUUAACUUUUUUAACUGGUCUAGCUUUUGCAAUAAUACUUAUACCAAUAAAUAAAGUAAUAGCAUCAAAAAUUGCUAUAUUAAGUCAAGAUAUGAUGUUAUAUAAAGACGAACGUGUUAAACUUAUUUCAGAAAUUCUUUAUGGUAUACGGACAAUUAAAAUGAAUACAUAUGAAAAUUAUUUUAUUAAUCGUAUGGAUGAUGUUCGACAAAAAGAAUUAAAAGCUUUACGUGGAAGAAAAUAUUUAGAUGCAUUUUGUGUUUAUUUUUGGGCAACAACACCAGUUCUUAUAUCAGUUUUAACAUUUACAACAUAUACAUUCCUUGGAAAUCAAUUAACACCAGCUAAGGUAUUUACAAGUUUAGCUUUAUUUGCUUUAUUGAUUUCUCCAUUAAAUUCAUUUCCAUGGGUUAUUAAUGGAUUAGUUGAAUCAUAUGUUUCAUUAAAACGUGUUCAACGUUUUAUUAAUAUUGAAUUAACGAAUCUUGGUGAAUAUUAUGAAAAUAUACCGGUUGGUUCUCAAUUAUCUUUAGAUACUGUUUUUCUCAAUUCAACAGAUGAUCCAACAUUCGAUAUUCGUCUUAAACAAGCAAAUUUUUCUUGGAAAUCAUCGAAUAAUAUUGAAUCUGAUGAUAUAUCAUUGAAAGAUAUUGAUUUAUCAAUUCCACGUGGUAGUCUUGUACUUAUUCUUGGUCGUGUUGGAAGUGGAAAAACAACAUUACUUAAUAGUUUUCUUGGUGAAUUGAAUAAAAUCAAUGGUUUAAUUAAUAUUCAUCGAGUUCUUGAAGAUGGAUUUGCUUAUGUUAGUCAAGAAGCAUGGAUUCAACAAAUGUCAUUUCGAGAUAAUAUUCUUUUUGGUAAAAUAUAUAAUGAACAAUGGUACAAAAGAGUUAUUAGUGCGUGUGCACUUGAAAAUGAUAUUAAAAAUUUAGGCCCAGCCGGUGAUCGUACAUUGAUUGGUGAAAAUGGUGUUACACUUUCCGGUGGUCAAAAAGCUCGUCUUGCAUUAGCUCGAGCUGUUUAUCAAGAUAAAAAUAUCUAUUUAUUAGAUGAUCCAUUAUCAGCUGUUGAUGUUCAUGUUGCUCGUCAUCUUUUUUCUCAUUGUAUUCGUGAUAUUCUUAAAUAUAAGACACGUAUAUUAUGUACUCAUCAAAUUCAAUUUAUUGAACAAGCUGAUUAUAUUAUUUUAAUGGAAAAUGGACGAAUAGUUCGAUCAGGAAAACCAAAUGAAAUUCUCUCAUCAACUGAGUAUUUACUAUCAUCAAUUAACCAAUCAUCACAACCAGGUAUUGCAACAACACAUAAAUCAACAGUAGAAGUUGAAGAGCAAGUUCUACAAACAGAAACUGCUUUACAAAAUGAAGCAGAACAAAGAUGCACAGGAACAGUUAAAUUUGCUAUUUGGAAACGCUAUUUUAUUGCUGUUGGUAUUUGUCUUUCAUUUUCAAUUGUAUUCUCAAUUUUUCUAAUGCAAGCUUCUCGAAAUUCAUUUGAUUGGUGGCUAUCAUAUUGGACAAGUCAUCAAUUAUCUGUUACUAAUACAACUAAUAUUACUAGUCAACGAUCUUUCAAAAUUCUAAAUGCUAAUGUUAUAACUAUUCUUGAUGCUCGACCAAUAUAUGGUUUUUCAACACAAACCAAUGAUAAUGAUUUUAAAAGAUUUUUUACAAUAUAUGUUGGUUUAGCUAUUGCAAAUUCUUUAUUUACACUUGUUCGUGCUUUUACAUUUGCUUAUGGUGGUAUUGAAGGAGCAAGAAAAUUACAUAAAUCAUUAUUUAAUAGUAUUUUAAAAUGUUCAAUAUCAUUUUUUGAUAUAACACCAAGUGGUAGAAUAUUAAAUCGAUUUUCAAGUGAUACUUGGAGUGUAGAUGAUUCAUUACCAUUUAUACUCAAUAUACUUUUAGCAAAUAUAUUUUCAUUAUUAGGUACACUUAUAUUAUCUUGUUAUGGUUUACCUAAAUUUCUAAUUAUUCUUAUACCAUUAACAAUAUUUUAUUAUUUUAUUCAAAAUUAUUAUCGUUGGACAUCACGUGAAAUAAAACGUAUAUCAUCAGUAACCUUAUCACCUGUUUAUGCUCAUUUUGGUGAAACUAUAUCUGGUCUAUCAACAAUUCGUGCAUUUCGUCAUGCUAAACGUUUUAUUGAUUAUAAUUUCAUCUUAGUAUCGAAUAGUAUUCGUACACAAUUUGCAUCACUUGUUGCUAGUUCAUGGCUUGGUUUUCGAUUACAACUUAUUGGUAUUAUUAUGGUUGCUGGUAUAUCAUUAAUUGGUGUUUUUGAACAUGUUUAUACAAUUGAAGGUGCAAAUCCAGCAUUAGUUGGCCUUUCUUUAUCUUAUAUUUUAUCUGUAACGGGUCUUCUUAAUGGAUUAAUAACAAGUUUUACAGAAACAGAAAAAGAAAUGGUUGGCGUUGAACGUGUUACUGCAUAUAUUGAUAAUUUACCAAUUGAAGAAGAAAUUGAAGAACCUUAUGUUAUUUUAAAUGAACCAAGAGAAGAAAAUGGAUCAACAAUUGAAUAUCGACAUGUUAUGAUGAAAUAUAAUAUUGAUCAAAAAUUUGCACUUAAUGAUAUAACAUUUUCUAUAAAAUCAAAUGAAAAAAUCGGAGUUGUUGGACGAACAGGUUCAGGUAAAAGUAGUUUAUUGGCAACAUUAUUUCGUACAGUAAAUAUUUGUGAUGGACAAAUUUUAAUUGAUGAUAUUGAUAUAACAAGUCUUGAACGACAAACACUUCGACAAACUUUAGCAAUUAUUCCACAAGAUCCAUUUUUAUUCAGUGGAACUAUUCGAGAAAAUCUUGAUCCAUAUCGACAUUAUACAGAUGAAGAAAUUUAUUUAGUAUUAGGAAAAUGUCAUUUACAAAAAUUAAUUGAAAAUUUAGGAAAUGGUCUUGAUUCAAUGAUUGUUGAACGUGGUCGAAAUUUUUCUGUUGGAGAAAAACAACUUUUUUGUCUUGCUCGAGCACUUCUUCGUAAAGCUAAGAUACUUUGUUUGGAUGAAGCAACUGCUAAUAUUGAUGUUGAAACAGAUCGUUUAAUUCAAACAUCAAUUCGUGAAACAUGUUCAGAUGUAACUGUAAUUACAAUUGCUCAUCGUGUUCAAACAAUUGUUGAUUCUGAUCGAGUACUUGUGAUGGAUAAUGGUCGAAUGAUUGAAUUUGAUACACCUAAAAAUUUACUUGCAAAUUCCGAAUCAAUAUUUGCUCGACUUUUUUUUCAAGGCAAUGUUCAAGUCCUGUGA